UUUUUUUAAAAUAUAGACACAAAAAAAAUUAUCAACAUGGCUAAAAUUUUACUUCUAUUAUUAAUAACUGUUCAUUCUGUGAUUUCAAUGGAAAUUUUUCUUGCAAGAAUGAUGCUGAUGGUUGAUACAAGUCCAUCAACAAAUAAAUAUCUUCGAUUUGAAAAAAUAGGCAAUACUGUUGGAAAAAAUAUUAUUUCUAACUAUACAUGCUCAUGCAGAGAGAGUGGUCUUAUGCAAUCAUUGGGUAAUGAAUUACACAAAAAAUAUGUCUUUGGUGAAGAUCUCAAUUUAAAUUGGAUUAAUGGCCUACGUCUUUACGAUCAAGAAGAUUUUUACGGUCGAAUGAUUAUCAAAUACGAAUCAAAUAAAUAUCCAGAAGUGAAUACUCCAUUUAAAGUUUGUAAAGAUCCGCUAACAAAAGAAGACGAUAAAAUGACAUUAGCAAGAGAUAUAUUUUUUAAAAUUUUUGUUCAAAGACUAGAAAAAUUUUGGGAUUGCGUUGCAGAAAAGAAUACAGUUAAUGUGGCCGAUAAAUAUUAUUGGGAACUAUCAAAACGUGGUUUCACUCAUUGCGAUGUGAAUGCAUCAAUACGUUUUGAAAUGAAGUCAAAAAUUGUUGGCAAUUGUGGUGUUACUGGAGGUGGAGCGGGUGAAACACAUAUUUAUAAUACACUUCGAGUUGUGUUUAAUGUGAAAUUUGAUGAUUGUGAUGGAAAAAAAUGGGCACCAUUUAAAGGUUUAUCACCGCGUAUUCUUGCACAAGCAAAAUUAGAAGAAUCACUGGAAGUGACACAAGAAAUAUCAAAAAAUCCAAUUAUUCUUUAAAAAAAAAAAAAAUUUCAAAAGCUAAACAAAAAAAAAUAUAUUAAUUUAAAUUUAUUAAUUUAUUUAUUAAUUAAUUUUUAUUUUAUUGUCACAGACAAUGUUGACAAAAUAUAUAUGUAUAUGUAUAUGUAUAUAUAUGAAAAAAAAUACAGUUGAUCUAUUUC